CGUCCCAGGCCCCCGCGAUGGCAGCAUGCCGCUGGCCGUGAGGUGGCCCUUCCCCGCCGGGCCGCCCCUGCCCUGGGCCCUGGCCAGCCGCCUCGUCACCGGCCUGGUGGGCACCUACAGCUGCGUCUGGACCCGGUACCUCAACCGGCUGCGCGUGCACAACGCCGAGGUGCUGCACGAGCUGGUGGAGCGCCGGGGGCCCCGCACCCCCCUCCUCACCCUCUCCAACCACCAGUCCUGCAUGGACGACCCCCACCUUUGGGGUUCCCUGAAACUGCGGCACGUCUGGAGCCUCCACAAGAUGCGGUGGACCCCCACAGCCGCUGACAUUUGCUUCACCCGGGAGCUGCACUCACGGUUCUUCAGCCUGGGCCGCUGCGUCCCCGUCUGCCGGGGGGAUGGCGUGUACCAGCGAGGGAUGGAUUUCAUCCUGGAGAAGCUCAACCAGGGAGACUGGGUGCACGUCUUCCCCGAGGGCAAAGUGAACAUGGGGCAGGAGUUUGUGCGCUUCAAGUGGGGCAUCGGGCGCCUCCUGGCCGAGUGCCGCCUUGACCCCGUCAUCCUGCCCCUGUGGCACGGGGGCAUGAACGACGUCUUGCCCAACACCCCCCCGUAUGUGCCCCGUGUGGGGCAGCGGAUCACAGUCGUCGUGGGACGACCGUUCAGCGUCCGGCCUCUCCUGGAGCGGCUCCGGGCUGAGGGCACAUCGACGGUGGAGAUGCGGAAGGUACUGACAGAUUUUGUGCAGAGGGAGUUUGAAGCGCUGCGGGCCCAGGCGCGGGCCCUGCACCCUGCCCCAUAGCAUGUGGGGCGCUCCAAGGAUGAACAUUCGGACUGCCCCACCCAAAGUGGGACCUGCCCCAUAGCACGCGACAGCCCCAUGGCUGUCCCUGCAGCCUCGCGGGCCCAGCAGGCAGACAGACCCCGCAGCCCUUCCCACAGCACUGUGGGGUGCUGGCAGAAGGACAGACGGAUGGAUGGACGAAUAAGCUGCCCCGCAGCACGCCUCCCCCCCUCCACCCCCUCCACUACUGCAUGGUGCCAAUAAAGGUGGUGGAGCCCU